AUGACUACAGCUUUACUCAAUGGUAUUUUAGAGGAAGAUCUUUACAUGAAACAACUUGAUGGUUUUGACCAAGAAAAUGGUUUGGUUUACAAACUAUAUAAAUCACUCUAUGGUCUUAAACAAUCUUCAAAUUGUUGGAAUAAACAUUUUAAUAAUUUCAUAUGUCAACAAGGUUUAACAAAAAGCAAAUCCGAUCAAUAUGAUGUGCUGGUGGCUGGUAAUUCAAUGAAGAAAGUAAACAAUUUAAGAAAACUACUUAGUGACGAAUUCAAGCUAACAGAUCAAGGGGAUGCAAGAUCUUUCUUAGGAAUUAAAAUUGAACGACAUAAUAAUAUUUUAAAAAUGAAUCAAGCAAAAUAUCUUGAAAACCUACUACAUAAUUUUGGUAUGAAUAAAUGUAAACCAAUAUUAACACCAAUGGAGAAGAAAUUAAAAUUUGGAGAAAAAGGAUCAACAAGUAAAUCAUAUUGUAAACUUGUGGGAUGUACAGCAGUCAAUUAUUUUAGCCGACAUUAAUCUAAAGCUAAUGAAGAUCAUUGUAAUCACUUUAAAAGAGUAUUAAGAUAUUAAAAGGGUACUGUUUCUUUUGGAAUGACCUACAUUAAGAACAAUAACAUACAUCCACUUCAGGGUUUUGUUGAUGCUGAUUUCGCCAACGAUAUUAAUGACCGAAAAUCUACUUCUGGACAUCUUUAUCAAGUUUUUGGUUCCACAGUCAUUUGGUCUACUAUAAAGCAAUAAACUGUAGCCUUGUCAUCGACUGAAGCAGAAUAUAUAGCUUUGGCAUCUGCAAUUCAAGAAAGAAUGUGGCUGAAAGAACUUCUUGUAGAGAUGGGAAUUAUCAAAGACAAAGAUUACAUAUUAUUGCAUGAAGAUAAUCAAUCUUGCAUCAAAAUAGCUAAUGAACCAAAGAAACAUCAACGAUUAAAACAUCUGGAUACCAAAUAUAAUUUUAUUCAUGAAGCAAUCUCAACAAAUCAAAUUAAAUUAGAAUAUGUUCAAAUAGAUCAUCAACUGGCAGAUAUUCUAACAAAACCACUACCUGCCAUUCUAUUUUCAAAAUUAAGAAAAGCGAUUGGAUUAGUAGAACAGUUAAUUUUAUUUUAA